AUGGACCAUACAAUACAGAUACCAAUAGAGGACGGGUCACCCGAUGGCCCCGUUCCCAGGACGGGCAAUCGCCGUGACUCCAUGCGGAGCAGCUUUAGCGUCGUUUCCGAUGUAGAAAUGGCUCGCAAUGAGGUCUUUGACGGACCGAUAUCAGAAAGCAUCCCGUCUAGUGUCGUCUCGUUUUCUCACCGCAGAAAUCGAAACGAUUCCACCGUCAGCUUUACCUACUUUCAAGGGGAGGAUGAUUUCGUCGAAUGGCCCGACGAACAUGCUGUAGAUGCUGGCAGCGACCUCGACGAAGAGGCGAUGAUUGCGCAGGAUACUGGCUCUAUAGACGGGUCUGUCAGAUCAUCUUUCAAAUCGAGACGACCGUCUUAUCUGCGGAGUGCUGUUGAAGAGCCUUUGCUUCCUCAGCGACGCUCAUCUCUCGAGUCCUAUGGUCACGACCGAAAGGCCGAUAGCAGACUCAACCAGAAAGUCCACAUAGAAUCAGAGGACCUCACGAUCGUCAUCGCUGGCUUUUCAUCGACACUUACAGGCCUGAUCAUUUACUUCACUUUGUGUGUUAUGACCUUGGGCUUCGCGUACCUACUAUUUCGCUGGUUUCCUCGAUGGCGGGUACGACUGAUAGGGAAACCCACACCUCUCCGCAUAUGUCAAUGGGUUGCCAUUGAGGACCAGUGGAACCAGUUCAAUGUAUACGAAGUUGGAAGUCAGCAAUAUGGACGUCCUCUCUCCACCGUCUUUGCAGAUCCCGAGAGCUACUUUUACGAUGAGGAUAAUGACCCCACUGUCAGUUUCCUUCGUUAUAUAGAUUACCGGUACCUUCGAUUCUUUUAUCACCCUGUGGAAGACAAGUUUUGCUUGAUAAGUGGUUGGAAAGAUCCUCUGUGGACAAACGCAAAAGUAAUGCGAAGUGGGCUGGAUGCCGAUGACCGUGAUAGCCGGGAGCAAAUAUUCGGCACCAACCUCAUCGACAUCCAACAGAAAUCAAUUUUUCAGCUCUUAAUGGACGAGGCUUUCCACCCCUUCUACAUCUUCCAACUUGCCAGUCUCCUUCUUUGGUCGAUGGACCAGUAUUAUUAUUAUGCUGCGUGUAUCUUCAUCAUAUCUGUGGUUAGCAUAGGCACAACGGUCCUUGAAACAAAGGCUACCAUGAGCCGUCUCAGGGAGAUCUCCUUAUUUGAAUGCGAUAUACGCGUGCUAAGAAAUGGAUUUUGGCGAUCGGUUCCGUCGCAGGAAUUAGUGCCCGGUGAUGUCUUCGAGGUUUCCGAUCCGUCCCUCAACCAGGUCCCAUGUGAUUGUAUUUUACUUUCUGGGGACUGUAUCGUGAACGAGAGCAUGCUCACCGGCGAAUCCGUUCCGGUAUCGAAGGGCCCCCUGACAGACGAUGCACUAGGAUACCUCAAUCUGAGUGCUCCCUCCGUCCAUCCAAAUAUUGCGAAACAUUUCCUCUUCAGCGGGACCAAAGUAAUCAGAGCCCGGCGUCCACAGAAUGUGGAUGACGAUGAAGCGAUUGCUCUGGCGAUCGUUGUGAGAACAGGUUUCUUGACCACGAAAGGGGCGCUCGUCCGCUCAAUGCUUUUCCCCAAGCCAUCCGGAUUUAAGUUCUAUCGCGAUUCAUUUCGCUAUAUAUCAGUCAUGGCAGUGAUUGCGAUUCUAGGAUUCAUCGCUUCAUUCGUGAAUUUCAUUCGGCUCGGCCUUUCAUGGCAUCUGAUUAUUGUAAGGGCACUCGACUUAAUCACGAUUGUUGUACCACCGGCUUUGCCUGCUACCCUGACAAUCGGCACGAACUUUGCUCUUUCGCGGCUCAAAAAACAUCAGAUCUUCUGCAUCAGCCCACAGAGGGUGAACGUUGGGGGAAAACUUGACGUGAUCUGUUUUGAUAAGACGGGAACACUCACGGAGGACGGACUAGACGUGCUCGGAGUGCGCACGGUUGAUCGAAACCACAGCCUAUCGGAGCUACAGUCGGACUUGACCCUUAGGUCUUCCCCUUCGUCAGAUUCGGCUACUGUUCACGACAUUUCCAAGCAGAAUAAAAUGAUUUAUGCCAUGGCAACGUGUCAUUCCCUCAGAGUCAUUGAUGGUGAACUUCUCGGGGAUCCUCUGGACGUGAAAAUGUUCCAGUUUACUGGCUGGUCAUACGAAGAAGGAGGAAGCCAUGGAACCGAACGGCAACUCUCAAGUUUUGAUACAAUCACGCCGUCUGUUGCUAGACCUCCCAACCAGGGUGGUUUUCUGCCAGAUCACGGGCAGGACGGGUCGUCGAGUCCGAUCGAGCUCGGUAUAUUGCGCAACUUUGAAUUUGUUUCACAACUUCGCCGAGCAAGUGUGGUUGUAAGGCAAUUUGGAGACGGCGGAGCUAGCGUCUUCGUGAAAGGCGCACCUGAGAGUGUCAAGGAUAUAUGCCGACCGGAAAGCUUGCCCCAUGAUUUUGACGACAUUCUCAGUCAAUACACUCACAAAGGCUAUCGCGUCAUCGCCUGUGCUACCAAGUAUGAGUCGAAACUCAGUUGGAUGAAAGUGCAGAAGAUGGCGCGUGAAGAUGCUGAAUGUGAUUUGGAAUUUAUUGGCUUCAUAAUAUUUGAAAACAAGCUCAAGUCCACAUCUGCUGGAACCAUAACUGAACUGAGACAGGCAGGGAUACGGAAUAUCAUGUGUACGGGGGACAAUAUCCUUACAGCCGUGAGCGUUGCUCGUGAAUGUGGUCUCUUGAGCAAAGACGAACAAUGUUUUGUUCCCCACUUCGUGCAAGGGCAUCAUCUCGACCCAGAAGCCUCACUAUGCUGGGAAAGUAUAGACGACCCUACGUUGAAGCUUGACGCAAAGACCCUGAUGCCUGCGGUGACCUCCCAAGGUCCUGAUCUGUCCAUACCUGCCACUGCAUGCGACGCGCAAAAAUACUCCCUUGCUGUUUCCGGAGAUGUGUUCAGGUGGAUUGUAGACUUUGGGAGUGAUAUCACCCUCAAAAGAAUGCUGGUACGUGGCAAUGUAUUUGCUCGAAUGUCGCCAGAUGAGAAGCAUGAGCUUGUGGAGAGACUUCAGUCUCUCGACUACUGCUGUGGGUUCUGCGGUGAUGGUGCAAAUGACUGUGGUGCCUUGAAAGCUGCAGAUGUUGGCAUCUCUCUAUCUGAUGCCGAAGCUUCAGUGGCUGCUCCAUUUACCAGUCGCCAGUUUGACGUCUCCUGCGUCCCUACUCUGAUCAGGGAGGGCCGAGCUGCCUUAGUCACAAGCUUUUGUUGUUUCAAGUAUAUGAGUCUCUAUUCGGCAAUCCAAUUCUCGACAGUGAGCCUUCUAUACACUUCAGCAUCGAAUCUUGGGGACUUCCAAUUCUUGUUCAUUGAUCUCGUACUCAUUCUUCCAAUUGCGAUUUUCAUGGGCUGGACAGGGCCUUAUCCUGUGCUCUCUCGGAAAAGGCCAACUGCCGACCUUGUGUCCCGCAAGGUUUUGACUCCAUUGCUUGGUCAGAUCUUGCUCUAUGUUCUGGUUCAGGUUGUGGCUUACAGGGCUGUUCAAACCCAACCAUGGUUCUUACCGCCCCAGAUAGAUCUUGACAACAGCAACAUUGAAAAUUCUGAGAACACCGCGUUGUUCUUGACUUCCAGCUUUCAAUACAUCUUAGCAAGUGUGGUCCUCAGCGUAGGGCCUCCAUUCCGGAUGCCGAUGAGAUCGAACAAACCAUUCGUCCUUGUCAUCAUCAUCGACCUAUUGAUUGCCGUUUACAUGCUGUUCAGUCCCUCCGAGACGGUCAAACGGGUAAUGCAGCUUACGUACAUGUCGACCGGAUUCUGCUGGUGUAUACUUGUACUGGCUAUUGGAAGCUUCUUGUUCUCUUGGGCUGCAGAGCGUACCAUUUUCCCCAGGCUGGCUCGGAUUCUGGGGCAUAUAAAGACGCGAUUGCAGCCUGGUCGUGGCAAGAAACGCCGUCAAUACAAGGUGCUCCUCGAAGAGAUGCGCCCUUAA